CAAGUGACUGACAAUGGAGCACGAACAAUCUACAUCAGGAACAUCUCACCAGGCGAGUCCCGGGAUCUCAGAGAAGCUUUGAAAAAAAUGGAUUUUAUAAGAAACUACCUGCCUCUUCUCAACAAGAAAAAUUGA